CAAAAACACCUUUUAUUCAUCUUUAGUCAUGCUCAGAGAAAAGGAGUUAUAUAAGUUAAUAGAGAAAUAUUCUCCACACUUUAUUAAAUGGAUAUAUAUACAUGUAGACCAAAAGCUUAUAGGGAUAAUGACCUUUGAAAAAUUGACAUAUUCUUACUUAAAUAUGUAGGAUGUUUCGGAACAAAGGAAACAUAUCGUAUUAUACAUUUAUUGCAUGAACGUUUGGGAGAUAUGAAGAUUUACUCCCCCAGGGACAACGCUAAUUGAGGGGCCUUGAUUGGUAAAUAACAAUAAACAAUAUAGUUAUAAUGCCCCCCCCCCCCUUUAAAAAAUUAAAUUAAAAAGGAACUUUACCCAAAAAUUAAAAACUGGUAACAAAAAUUAGUAAAUUUAUUUACACUAUUAUAGAAAGAGUUGAUUCUCCAGUUUUGUUUCUUUUAAGUUGAUGAAUGCUCCUCUUGAAAUACGAUUUAUUUAUUGUUCUCUUCGCCGACACCAUUCAUAUGCGUUAUAUACAUUGGAUUGUAACAUUGGAUUGUAACAUUGGAUUGUAACAUUGGAUUGUAACAUUGGAUUGUAACAUUGGAUUUAAUUUUAAGAAAAGUAAUAAAUCAUCCCAGAAUUUAUUGAAAAAAAAGUUAUAAGUCUGUAGGCGGUACUCUGGAAUGAAAUUAUAAUUUGAUUAAUUACGCGCACCAUCUGCGUUUAUUCAUGGUUCCGCUUCACUGGUUUGAAAUCGUUAGAGGUUACCAUAGAGGAGGCUAUCGACAUUGCAAGGAAAAAGUUUGAGGUGCGAUGCCAAUUCGCUGUUCCAGGAGUAGGACGGUGGUUUGUGUGUCGUCUGCCGCCGGUGUGGUUUUCCUUACAUACGUGGUGUGCGUUAUAGACCUCCCGCUUCCUAGGCGAUCGAAGACUGAACAAAUACUGGUCCCCAACCUGCCCCGUUCCGACGCGCUGGAUUACGACCGGUAUAAAGACCCGGAUGUGGAUGAAUACGACGACUUGGACGGCCGGCAGGAGAUCACAGAUCAAACAUCGGAGAACGACGUCAAAGUUUUUAUCCGCCGGAAUUCAAAAUGGGAAAGAAGUGACGUCUGCGGGCAGAAUCCACCAAUGAUUCAGACUAGUCUGGAAUCGUCUGCGGGAAAAUUAACUCUAUACGUAGUACACAAAGGACCACUAGACCCCCAGGGAAAGGGGGAUCCCACAAAGCAGAUGUACUACGAGCUGUUCAGAGCUGUUCACAACAACCUCGCCUUCCACACUAACUCCGUGAUGGUAGACGUGGGUUCGCGGGAUGGCAGCUUCAGUAUUUUGGCGGCGAAGAUAGGACGUCGCGCCAUCAGUGUACGGACAGGUGCUCGCGGUGUCCCGGGGGUCUGUGCCUCAGUUAGGUCAGUGAAUGCCCAGCGCUUUGUUACCAUCCUCCAAACCAACUCGUCCCGACCCCUGGACCCCGCCUACCGGGACCACGUGUUGGACGUUGACCAGGAAGUGGUGUGCGAGCCCGAGGGUGGGGGGUUCUCUCUGAAUCAGUUAAUCCCCCUGGGCACACUGGAGGCCCAGGCCCCGGUGGUGCUGUACCUGGAGGCCUUCCAGCACGAUACCGAGGCUCUGCUGAUGUGUGCUGGGGAUUUCUUCACCCACUUUGAGGUCAGGGCCAUUCUCAUGCCUUGGUCUGCACACAAUAUCAAGGACAAAUUGAGAUUAGCGGAACAGAUUAGCUCCUACAAGAUGAAGCCAUAUGAAUUUAUUGGUGUGCAGAAAGAAUUACUUUUAAGAAAUGUGGAAUAUUGGCCAGUAUAUGUAUUGUGGAAGGGUCUUGGUGCUUAUUGACUAGUCACUCUCUUGUCCAU